AUGAACUUCUACGCCGCCUCGCGGAGAUCAGCUCGCCGGUCGCUAUGGCUGGUCCUUCCUCAUACGUCACGGCCAUCUGUCGAACGGAUUUUCAGAUAUAAUACUAGUGAGACGUCCCAAACGCACCGAAUCGCAUCGCGAAGUUCUGUUCCUCUCUCGCCAUGCAUCGAUCGGAUCAAAUCGAAUCCAAACGAUCCUGCGCGAAACGCGUUAUAUCAGAUCCGAAGCCCUGGCCGAAGCUUCGAGGCGUCCCACAAGACGUUUUCAUCCCACGACCGAGGCUUCUCGGCAUGGUCUGCCACUGCUGCGUCUUCCAGGCCAGCAGGCGCAGAAGCUUCCGAGGCGGAGACUGCUGUUUCUGGGAUCAACCCUCGAGUAGCGGUGCAAGCGGAGUUGAAAACGUGCACAGUGAAGGACGAGGAGAGGGGGGAUCGGCGAGGAGGGCAGAGGCGCAUCAGGAAAGUGGAAGGGGGAGAAAAGGGAGUUGUUGAUGAGAGGGUUGAGAGGGUAAUAGCCGGGAAUGCCGCGGGGAAGCGUGAGGGAGACAAGCGGAAGAGCUAUGGGAGGAAAGGCUGCAAGGAGGAGGAGGAGGAGGAGGAGGAGGAGGAGGAGGAGGAGGAGGAGGAGGAGGAGGAGGAGGCAGUGGCAGUGAUUGCUGGAGUGCUGAGGAAGAGAUUCGGGCCUCAGAUUGUGAGAGAGGUGGAGGAUUGGGAGAGUGGAAUAAGAAGCAGUGGGGACAGAUUGGUCGUGGGAACAGUGAAAGAGGCGGAAGAGGCAGAUGGAGGAAAUGAGGAGGAGGAGGAAGAGGAGGAGGGGGGUGUAGAAGGAUAUUGGGAGGAAGAAGACGAAGAAGCAGGAUCGUGUGAAGAGGAUGCGCCCGGCGCUACAUCUCCUCCGACGCCCCCUCCUCUACUCAACGGCCGACGGGUCGUAUCUCCCUCCUCCCUCCUCUCCCUCUACCGCUUCUUCUCCUCCCACCUCGGUAUUUCCUCCCCUUCCACUGUCGCUUCCGUCCUCGUAUAUAAGCCCCAACUCCUCCGCUCCAAUCCCACCAGUGACUUCCUGCCACGUGUCCGUCUCCUCCGGUCAUAUGGCAUAUCUGAUGCCGAUAUCGCGCACAUCACUGUGAGGGAACCAGCCUGGCUUCGAGUCCCCCUUGCACGGAUUCGGAACAAUCUUGAGUUUCUUUUGGCUCAAGGCGUUCGCCGUAGCAGAUUGGGCUCUGUGCUCGUGUACGGACGGGGCGUACUCUGGUGGGAGGCACGUUCAACGAACCUGGACAUUCUGGUGGAGAGAGCAGGGGUUCCUGUGGACAAGCUGGGUGCGGUUAUCGAGGGCAUCCUUGGUCUCAGCAAAGAAAAUCUCUUAGCUAAGCUCCAGUUCUUUGUGGAGCUGCUGGGGGAGGAAGCAGCAGGGAGAAUGGCGAGGAGUCACCCGACGGUUCUGCAUCUAUCGAAGGAGAACGUGCAAGGCAAGGUGGCGGUAUUGGCUGAUUUACUUGGGCGCGAGAAUGCUGUGCGGGCGAUGGCACGAUUUCCUCCGGUAAUAGCUUCAAGUGUAGAUGGCAUGAGGGAAAGUUUCGGAGAGCUUGUGCGCGAAGUGGAAGAGGCAUUGGAGAGCAGUGGAGAAGAGGGAAGUGGUAUGCAAAGGUUGGGGGAAGGUGAUGGAGGUGCGGGAGGGGAGGCGGCAUGGGGAAUAGCAUAA